CGCGACUAUGAGACAUCGAAAGUCUGAACGAGUGACUGAACGUAAAAUGUUUCAGCUUUUUUAAACCUCAAAGUUAACCUCAUGUAGUCAAGUUUUAACUCGGGUUCGGUUAUUCACUUAAAAUACCAACAAACUCAACAUUUACAACAAUCUAAGAGUCAGAUCAGCAGAAACAGAGAACCCGGAAAUGUUUCCUGUAACUGCGUCGCUCUGCUCGACUUUGCUGUUUCUCGGCGUCUUCGUGUUUGUCUCUGCAGGCCAGAAAACCAUCACAGCUGUGUCUGGACAGGACGCCACUCUGCCAUGUCGAGCUCCAAACAGCAGCAGCAGCAUCUCAGUUGUAGAGUGGAGCAGAGCUGACCUGGGAGAUGAAUAUGUGCUUUUGUACCGGGAUGAGCUGUUUGAUCCAGAAAACCAGCAUCCAUCUUUUAAGAACCGGGUGGAUCUGAAGGACAGACAGAUGAAGGAUGGAGACGUGUCUUUGAUUCUGAAGGAUGUGAUGAUUAAUGAUAAUGGGACAUACGAGUGUCAGGUCUUCAUGACAGGAACAAACAUGAGGAAGAGAGCAAAUCUAGUUAAUGAGCCCAUCAGCAUCAUCAACCUGAGAGUUGUUCCUCCAGGAGGAUCUGUUGGACUGAUCGUCGGUCUGAGUGUUUCUGCUGUGCUUCUUGUUGCUGUUGUUGGAUUUUUGAUCUGCAAAAAACAUAAACAACAGCAGAGUCAGGAUUCAUACCAGCCUCCUGUUCAACUUCAGCCUCUUUGAAAUGUCUCAGAGCUUCUUUCAUGGUGAUGCUGAAUAAGAGAAGUUACUAAGUUAUUACUAACCAAAGAAGCAGGAGUAAGUCUGACUGAAGAAACCUGAACACUAGAGUCCAAACAGAAAACCAGAAGAUUUCUUCAUUCCAAAGAGAUUUCACAGCAGAGACAAUGUUUGAAUAAAAAGCUAACUGUCCUGCAAGUAAGAAGGAAUAAAAAUUAUUAAACGUUGCAGGUUAAAAAUAAAUGAAUUUUAUUCUACAGCAUCUUUGUCGGAGUCCCAAGAAAUCAAACCUAAAGUGAUCCAGGAAGGAUCAAAGACAUUUUAAUCUGCAUGCUGAGAAGUUGGCAGAAGAUACUAAAUAAUGUUGGAAAAAGUGUUAAAGCCUACACCUUUACGGUUUUUAAAAUGUUUUUUUGAAUUUACUUCCAACACUGAGCAUUUUUCACUUCUGAUGUAUUGAACAAUUGUAAAUUAUUAGUAAUAGUAUUAGUAAUCAUGUUAAAUGUUUCAAACACAGGUUUUCAUCAUUUGAUUGCAUGUUUGGUCUGAGGCAGCUAAAUUAGUUUGUGGAGAAAAUGAUGUCAGAUUUGUGUUUGUGGUUAGCCGCUCAUAUCAGUUUAACAUGUUAUACUCUUUACAUUUCUGUGGACAGACAGGAGUUCAUAUUUUCAAACAAUAAUUAAAACAUCUUAAAAUAAAUGCAAAAACAUUUUAUUUCAGUUGACGUCAGCAAUUGUUUGUAAAGUCAUAUUUGUUCUUUCAGGCUUGAACCAAAUGAAUCCUCAUGUGCAGAUAAACUGUUACUUAAUUACAGACACUAACUGAUCAAUCAUCAGUCCGAUGGUGCUCAUUUGGCAACUAUAACUGAAUGGAUGUUCUGACAGUGUCAUAAAAGCAAAGACAGAAAUGUAACAGUCAGAUGUUUCCUCUGAUCUGUGAAGAUUUAUUGAACUUUUCAUCCCAUGAACACUUGUGUUGUUUGUUUUCUCGUUGUUACUGCAAUAUUUCAAGAGCUAAUAAAUUUUUUACCUAAAUAGUA